AUGCACGACGGCCGCCUUCAGGUGGCGAGGACCAUCCGGGAGAAGGAGAAGAACCCCGACAGGAUCAGCCUGGACAGGCGGGGGCUGACGGCCGUGCCGCUGAUGCCCGGCGAGUCGCGCGUGCGCCUGCUCUCGCUGCAGCACAACCUCAUCACGCGCAUGGACUCGCUGUCGGCGGCGGGGCUCACGCUGAGCCGCCUCGUGUUCCUCGACAUGUACGACAACCAGGUGGACCGCGUGUCGGGCCUCGACUGCCUGGACAACCUGCGCGUGCUGCUCAUGGGCAAGAACCGCAUCAAGAAGAUCGAGGGCCUGCGCCGGCAGACGCGCCUCGAGGUGCUGGACCUGCACGGCAACCAGAUCACGUCCGUCGGCGGGCUGUCCUUCCUGUGCGAGCUCAAGGUGCUGAACCUCGCCGGCAACCAGAUCCGUUCGGUGGGCGCGUCCGACCUGCAGGGCCUGCGCAACCUGCAGGAACUGAACUUGCGGCGGAACCGACUGAGGAAGCUGCUGGGCUUCGGGGACACGCCCCACCUCGUCAAGCUGUUCCUCAGCAACAACGAGCUCAGCAGCGUCGAGGACAUGUACAGUGUCGCGAAGGCCAGCCACUUGCGCGAGGUGACCAUCGACGGCAACCCGGUGGCGCAGGGCGGCGACUGCGUGUCCUUCCUCGUGUCGUACUUACCGAACCUCAACAUGCUGAGUAACCUGCAGAUCACCGACCCCGUGCGCAAGGCCGCCAUGUCGUGGCGCUCCAACAAGGAGGCCGCCAGCAGCCUGUUCGUGCAGUUGGGCGUCGGGGAGCCGGACGGCGUCAAGCGGGAGGAGGUCAUCUUCAACGCGCGCACCAACUGGGAGCUGCUGCGCUCGCAGUCCUGCUGCGCCAACAGCCCCCGGCCCGGACACGGCCCCGGCCACGCGUCGGGGCAGAGGCCAGGCACGGCCUCGGGCACGGCCACGGCCGCCCCCAGUCUCGACGCCGACCACCAGCACGGCCUCGACGGCGAGGACAAGCCGACGUGCCCCGCCCCCGCCGCCCCCAGCAGUGCGGGCAACGCGCAGGGCAAGACACGCGAGCAAGGCGGCGACUACCUCGUGGAGAUCAGCGGCCGCUACCUCAACGUGUACGGCCAGGGCGCGCUGCGGUUCAUCGACAGACCGUGGAACGCGGCCAAGGCCGCCGACGUCACCAUCGUCCGCUUCAACUACAUCAACUUCAACGGGCUGACGGCGGUGCUGGGCCGCCUCAAGCAGCGCUUCCCCAACGCCGAGCACUUCAUCUUCCGCGAGAACAACCUGGCGUGUCUGGGCCAGCUCAACGCGCUCGCCGACAUCCAGGGCCUCACCUCGCUGUGCGUCGAGGAGGAGGGCAACCCCAUCGUGGCCAAGCAGUGGCAGAGCUACGCCAUCUACCGCCUGGCACACUGGGGGCUGCGCACCAUCAACGACGUGGAGGUGACGGAGGAGAUGGUGUCGGCCGCGGCCGCCGAGUUCCGCGGCCUCAGCGACCUGGUGCUGUGGUCGCUGCCGGACACCCUGCUGCAGCCCCUGCUGUCGCGGCUGCGCUUGGACGGGUCGCGCGGCCACGGCGCCGCCCUGCCCGCCCCGCACCACCACCACCUCAGCGCGCGCCAGUGGCUGUGGACCGCGGACCCCGCGCUGCGCACCGUGGUGGGCAAGGAGGCCCUGCAGUGGCGGCGCACCAGCCUCACGCAGGACGACCUGCUGUGGCGCCACAAGGGACGCGUGCAGCUCGGCGCGCUCCUCGACAUGGCCGUGUCCGCCGUGGCCAAGCUGCGCCAGCUCGAGUCCGAGUGGCCCAGCGUGCUGCAGGAGCUGGUGCGCGACACGCUCGUCGACUACUCGCACCUGCACGCCUACAUGAAGAAGUGCAUGGCCAGCCUGCAGCGGCUCUGA